UACGUUUCAGCUAUAUAAAUUAAAAGUACAUGAAUUUUCAUGUUUGUACAAGUCAUCGCCUUUUCAAGUAGUCAGGAAGAUCAGUUUAUUAAAAACCAAUACGAAAGCGCGUUAUGAAACUUUAAAGCAUUCAAUGUAAAGAUUUCACUGCAAACUUCCUUAUCAGUAAGGAGAAAGGAGAAAAAGCAUGGAUCUAUCGACUGCAAAAAGUCGACAAAAAUGUCAAAGUUUUGUCAUUUCGGAUAUUGAAAUAUCAGUGGAGGACUUCAGUCGGAUCUACAAGAAAAACAUUCCCCAAAUUAUAAGGAUUAAGGAGGGCGAAGAAAAGGGAGGAAACGCAAAAGUCACACCUGUGAAAAGUCAGACUUUUUUCGUACACAAAGUGUGUCGAGAAAAAAGAAUGAAGGCUGAAGUUAUGAAAAGAGGGAAGAAAUGUAAGACGAUCUCGGUUCCUCUCUCUCAUCCAGCCCGAUUCUGCCUGGCCGGAAGUGACAGCGAUUCAACUGAUUACACCAUGGAAGAACUUUCAGACUUGCACACAUUCCCCUGUGAUGUCAUGGUAUCUCCCCAAUGUAAUUUCCGGAUUAAAUUGAGUGAAAACAAAAAGAUUAAGGAAACUAUAGUACUCCGUCUGAGGGGAACUCACGAAGAAACGUAUCUACUCGGAAAUCCUAUCACUGAAGCAGCUGUCACUAAACUUAGUGACGAAGUGGUGCAGAUUUCCCGUGGGCCCACGUUGAAUGUGGUGACAGGAAUAGAGGGGGUUCCAGGAGAGUGGCCCACGUAUCUCCGACUCAUAUCUAAUGUCCUGGCCUCCCAUCAAACGGACACUGGGGACUCAGGCAUGUAUUCACUAAUGUCUAUCAUACCAUACACUAUAAUUUCUCCUUUUGUAGAUUUUACGCCCUAUAAAGAAUAUAAUCCAAAUAUUGUUUUGUCUGACUCUCACCCCGUCUUGUGUAAUUAUGUGGCAAUCUCGGAUGAUUUCCAGCAAGGGGAUAGUCAUAAGUACGAAGAAAUACAAAAACAUAACAAGAAACGUACUGAUUAUGAAAUCAUCUGGAUCCCCAAAACUGGCAAGCAGAUAUGUGACACUAACCCGGAAAGUCAAUCCAAACUCACAAGUGCAUCAAAAAAGAAAAGUGAAAGUACAAGUGACCUUUAUGAAGUAAACUGGGACCCAGUUACAGGGAGGGCAUUGUUAAACGGAGAACUUUGGAAUACUUCAACUGGGACAGAGCAACAAAAAUCAGCUACAACACCCAGAGAUUACAAACCAGAGGUGUCAAAAAACAAUGACUUCUCAAAAAUACAAACUACACCUACUCCGGAAUUUCAGAAAGCUUCUAUACUUAUUUCAGAUCUCCCUAAGCCAAAACCCAAGAAAUUUUUAAGUUUGAGGAAGGCAGAGAACGAAAAACCAGAUGGUCACAUGCUACAUAAACUUAGGAAAGCUCGAAGCGAAGACGGUGAAAGUGGACCAAGGUUUGGGCAGUUAAAUUCAAACUCGAAAGAUAUCCAUUCAAAAGAUAAAGCCAUAGAGCGCGUGCGCGCCCUACCGACAAUGUCUAUUUCAGACGUAUCAUACUGGCUGAAGAUUUUAAAAAUUAACUGUGUGGAUAAGUUUGUAGAACAGGCAGUAGAUGGCGCUCUUUUGAUGGAUUUAUCGGACGAUUUACUGAUGUCGUCGGAUUUUGGAAUGUCCAGGAUUGAAGUGUUGAAACUGAGAAAAUUUAUCAAAGAAGGUCACGUACCAAAAUCAUAAAGAACUGAAAUCCUAUAUCGGCACCGGAAAUCCUUCUUUUACUCGCAUAUGUUUUCUUUCUUUUUUAUAUAUGCAUGUUCUUCAUGUAUGAAUAUUUCAUAAUGUGAUCAUUGUAAUUAACUGUAACUGAUAGCAACUCCUUCUGUUAACAGCAGCACAAAAAGAAAUUAAACGCGAAGUUUAAAAGUUAAGAUUUCAGUAAAUAAAAAUGGCGUGUCUUUCUUUACUUUUACUGAUAUCAUAUUUAUCCUAUUUUAUUUGUUUCUAGAUGCAUGACUACCUGCUAUUUCUUGUUUGUAAAUGAUAAUUUUUGAAGUGGACUAUAAAUCUUAUAUUCA